CCCACCUCAGCCUCCCGGCCGGCCAUAACCAUUUGAUGCAAUGUUUAAUAAAAGUGUGAUAAACAUCUAAGUUAAAUUUAUUUCUUUUACUUUUAUUAGUAGUGGUAACUUAUUUUUAAAAAUAGGCAAACGUCUUUGGCAGACAUUUUUAAAGCAUUUCUCCAUUUGCUAUGAAAUUGUUUUCACUCUUAAGUUGCGUUUCUUUUUUCUCCUAUUGUAAAGUGCAGUUCUUUGCAUGUUCUAAUUUGCCAUGACGUGGUCAAGUGCUGUUUCCUUCCUGUUGCUUACAAGCCUAUGCUAGAGAUAAGGAUACGUUUCAGUGCAUUAAAAAAGAAGCCACUGAAGACAGGCUUAAGCAUGGCCAAGAAGCUUGAGAGAAGAAAAUAUUCAGAAAAAUUGCCUCAGCUUGAGUAGAAUAUCAAUGAACCAAGAAAAUUCGAAGCAUCUUCCCUGAAGAAAACCUGGGUAUACAGUAACUUUACAGACUUAGCUGAGAGUUUUUACCCAAAUUGGUCGCUGGACUCUGGCUGCCUGAUACUUGAACCUGUUUGGAAUUUUUCUCAUGUGGAUCUAAGGGGAAUGCUUUAUUAUGGCUGCUGUUGUCCAACAGAACGACCUAGUAUUUGAAUUUGCUAGUAACGUCAUGGAGGAUGACCAACAGCUUGGUGAUCCAGCUAUUUUUCCUGCGGUUAUUGUGGAACAUGUUCCUGGUGCUGAUAUUCUCAAUAGUUACACUCAUCUAGCCUGUGUGGAAGAGCCCAACGACAUGAUUACUGAGAGCUCACUGGAUGUCGCUGAAGAAGAAAUCGUAGACGAUGAUGAUGAUGACAUCACCCUUACAGUUGAAGCUUCUUGUCAUGACGAGGAUGAGACGAUUGAAACUAUUGAGGCUGCUGAGGCACUCCUCAAUAUGGAUUCUCCUGACCCUAUGCUGGAUGAGAAGCGAAAUAAUAAUAUAUUUAGUUCAUCUGAAGAUGACAUUGUUGUUGCCCCGGUCACCCAUGUAUCCGUCACAUUAGAUGGGAUUCCUGAAGUGAUGGAAACUCAGCAGGUGCAAGAGAAAUAUGCAGACUCACCUGGAGCCUCAUCACCAGAACAGCCUAAGAGAAAGAAAGGGAGAAAAACUAAACCACCACGACCAGAUUCCCCAGCCACUACGCCAAAUAUAUCUGUAAAGAAGAAAAACAAAGAUGGGAAGGGAAACACAAUUUAUCUUUGGGAGUUUUUACUGGCACUGCUCCAGGACAAAGCUACCUGUCCUAAAUAUAUCAAAUGGACCCAGCGGGAGAAAGGCAUUUUCAAAUUGGUAGAUUCUAAAGCAGUGUCCCGGUUGUGGGGGAAGCACAAAAACAAACCUGAUAUGAAUUAUGAGACCAUGGGACGAGCACUCAGGUACUAUUACCAAAGGGGUAUUCUGGCAAAAGUGGAAGGUCAGCGCCUGGUGUAUCAGUUUAAAGAAAUGCCAAAAGAUCUCAUAUAUAUAGAUGAUGAGGAUCCAAGUUCCAGUGUAGAAUCUUCGGAUCCAUCACUAUCCUCAACAACCACUUCAAGUAGGAACCAAGCAAGCCGGUCAAGAGUACCUUCGAGUCCAGGGAUAAAAGGAGGAGCCACUACAGUUCUAAAACCAGGGAAUUCUAAAGCUACAAAACCCAAAGAUCCUGUGGAAGUUGCACAGCCAUCAGAAGUUUUGAGGACAGUGCAACCCUCACAGCCUCCAUAUCCUACCCAGCUCUUCCGGACUGUUCAUGUAGUACAGCCAGUACAAGCUGUCCCAGAAGGAGAAGCACCCAUAACCAGUAGCAUGCAGGAUGAAACAUUAAAUUCUUCCGUUCAGAGUAUUAGGACUAUACAGGCUCCAACCCAAGUUCCAGUGGUCGUGUCUCCUGGGAAUCAGCAGUUGCAUACGGUAACACUCCAGACGGUGCCACUCACAACGGUUAUAGCCAGCACGGAUCCAUCAGCAGGUGCUGGAUCUCAGAAAUUUAUCUUGCAAGCCAUUCCAUCAUCACAGCCCAUGACAGUACUGAAAGAAAACGUCAUGCUACAGUCACAGAAGCCGGGCUCUCCUCCUUCGAUUGUCUUUAGCCCUGCCCACGUGCAGCAGGUUCUUACUAGCAACGUUCAGUCCAUUUGCAAUGGAACCGUCAGUGUGGCUUCAUCUCCAUCCUUCAGUGCUACUACACCUGUGGUGACCUUUUCUCCUCGCAGUUCACAACUGGUUGCUCACCCGCCUGGCACUGUAAUCACUUCAGUUAUCAAAGCUCAAGAAACAAAAACUCUUAUACAGGAGGCAGAGAAAAAGGAGGUUGAAGAUCAUUUGAAAGAAGACACUGAGAAAACUGAGCACCAGCCACAGCCUUAUGUGAUGGUGGUGUCCAGUUCCAACGGAUUUCCUUCUCAGGUAGCUGUGAAACAAAAUGAACUGCUGGAACCCAACUCUUUUUAGUUAAUAUACCAAAGGUUAUGAACGAUAGUUUGCCUAACUAUCUGGUUGAUUCUGAGAUAAAUUCUACAGAGGUUUCUAAUUUUUGUAAUUGUUAAAAACAAUUUAGAGUUAAUUCUGACUUUGUUAAGUGAGGGAGAAAAACUCAAGUGUUUCUCUUUGUUUUCUAAAUGUUUCAGAAUUCAGUUGUGAAGGAACAGGCAUUUUAUACUAUGAAGAUGUUCUUUUGAGAUUAUUUUUCAGUUGCUAUAUCAUAAGCAUUUUAAAAAUUUCUUUCCUAAUUUUUAGAUUGUAUUAGCUUUUCUGAUUCUUUUGUAAAUACAAUCCUUAAAGAUAAGGCAGCAGGAAAUUUAUAUAGGAACUAUUUUCAUUCCAUUUGUAUAAGUUAAGUCUUGACUCUUUCAAAUGUAAGAAACCUAUUUUAUGCAUAAUUAAAAUUAUGAUGUCACUUAGGUUGACUUUAGUUGGCUGCACUGUAUAAUGAACUAUGAAUAUGUAAAGUAACAUUAAAAAUUGAAAUAUGCCCAUGAUAUGGCUGAACCUGUUUCAGAAGCAGGAUAGUAUAAAAGCAUCAGCCUAAGAGUGGCACUCCAACUAACUAGGGCAAACCACUUCAUUUUGGGGGGGCCUUAGUUCUUCUCAUAAAAGGAAGGGAUGCAUUGGACUGGACUAGAUGAUCUCCAAAUUCCCUUCUAGUUCUAAAUUUUUUAUUCUGACACCUAUAUUUUAAAGUUAUGUCAGUUAAACAUUAAACAUUAUCAGGUUAUUUCCUAAUAUAAGAAUAGCUAAAAUAUUGCAGAGAAAAUGUGACCCCACAAAAUUCAUUUUCCUGUUUUCAGUAAUAUCUACCACAAAUUCUUCCUAAAUAGUUUGUUCAUUAACUCUUUAGAUCACUGUGUUGUGGUCUAUUAGUAAACUUACAUUACUGAGUGCUAAAUAAUAUACUGCUAUUCUAAGAGAGUGAAAGCUCUUUCUUAAGGGCCAAGAAAGCAACUUGAGCCUUGGGCUAAUCUGGCUGAGUAUUCAGUUGUCAUAAAAGCAUAAUUGCUUUUUAUUUUCAAUAAUUUCUUAUUGGGGGUAGAGAGGGCAAUUGCAUACAAAGAUAACAUAUAUAUCCAAGUUUCUGAAAGGAAAUAGUUUUUAGAUUACUUUUCCAACUGUAAAUAAUGUACAUUUAAUGUCACAAGAAAAAUUGUUUUCUGCAAUUUUCUAGUAUAGCAAAGAAAAAUUUUUGUAGAUGAAAAAAAUCAUUAUGUUUAGAGGUCUAAUGUUAUAUGUUUUCAUAUUACAGAGUGAAUUUGUAUUUAAACAAAAAUUUAAAUUUUGGAAUCCUCUAAACAUUUUUUGUAUCUUUAAUUGGUUUAUUAUUAAAUAAAUCAU